UCAGCCCCUGCACGCACCAGCCUGCCCCGACCUAGAACGGUGUCCUGGAGGGAUGACUCCUCGGCCUUGGGCUCUCUUUCGGAGCACGAGAGAACAAGGGGAGAAGGACGAGGACAGACUGAGAAUCUUCCCAUGGCCCGAUGGCCAGCCCCUUGAGGAUGGCUUCUGUCCAGCUUUGCCCAGCACCAAACAUCUCUUCCUGGCCCACCUCGCCCUCCAGUGGACAGUCAUAGAAUUACAGGCUUCCAGGUCCUUUCUAGGCAGGCCCUUCUGUGUGAGAGGUCUGGCUAGAAUCCCUCCAACAAAAGGGAGCUUUCUACCUUCCAAGGCAACCCUGUCCAUUAGGAGUGCACAGUUCAGAACUGAAAGGAGACUUAGAAAUCACGUGGGCCCACCCAUUCAUUUUUCAGAUGGGGAAACUGAGGCUUAGACGUGGCCAGUAAGUGGCCCAAUGGGGAUUCUAGCCUAGUUAAGAUGAGUGGCCCUGGGCUGAUGACCUAGUGGAUAGACUGGUGGGCUCUGGGGUCGGGAAGACCUGAGUUUGAAUCCUGCCUCAGACACAUGCCAGCUUUGUAGCCCUGAGCCUCUCUGAACCACUUAGCAGUCAUUACACGCCUACCGUGUGCCAGGCACUCUGCCAAGCCCUGGGAACACAAAGCAAGGCAAAAUUCCUAGUCCCUCCCCAUCUACAGCAGCUCCGUGCGAGUCGGAGGCAGCCGCCGAGAGCGGCUCCAGGGUCGGCCAGACUUCCUGCAGAAGGUGGACAGGGAGAAAGUCCUUGACAGGGGGCCGGCCUCAGUCUGCUUCUGUGUAAAAUGGGGGCAGUCUUUGCACAUACCUCCCGGGCUUACUGAGAGCGCGGAACGAGAGGGCAUACGCAAAGAGCCGUAUAAGCGCGCGCUGUCAUCAUCUUUGUUGUGGCGAUGACAGCAGAACCAAGGUCUGCCUCCCCUGUCCCUAGCGCCCAUCCUUUAUCCCACCUCCCUUUCAUCUCUCACUGGUCCCACUUCUCUGACUUGAGAGGAGCCUCUGGGAGGGCUCAGAGAGGGCCAGAGGUGCCCAGGCCCUGGAGGCAGACAGGUAGGCGGGAAGGGGGCUUGACAGGGGGCUGCAGCUCCGGCUUUGAGCCCAUCCUUAGGUCAAGGAGGGGAGAGAGUGGGGUCCUGGUCUCCCCGUUUCCAUGAGGGGUCUGCUCUCCUGCUCAGGAGUCCCAGGGCAGCUGCAGAACGGACAUCACCCUGCAGUCCUGAGGAGCCAUGCCCUGGAUAGCGCUGUCAGGGCUUGGGGGGCAUUUCCUGAGGGGGGAGGGAACAGGAUUGUCUGGGGCUGCCCCGUGGCUCCUCCUCCCAUUGCACCCAGGAGUUUACCAACAAGAAUGAGAGAGUUGGGGCCCUCAGGAGGUGCUGAAGGGGGCCCAGGGCACCCCCAUAACACCCUCCUCUAAAGGUAUCAGAAGCAAUAAGGUCAGACUCUGACCCCUGCAGGAGGCUGGGCAUGACACUCCUCUCUCUCUGGGCCCUGCUUUCCUCCGACAGAUGAUGAAGCCCCUCCGAAACGCGACGGCCCCUGAGUUCUAGGUUACAGCCCCCACUCCCCCCCUUGUGCCUUGGCUCACUGACUCCUCACCCCAUGUCAGCAACACCUUCAGGGAAGCGGGGGGGGGCGAGGGGCACGGGGGAGGCAUGUGCAGUCCUAAUUUUAGGGCUCCAUUGAGCGUUGUCAGGAGGGACAGCUCAUCCAUCACAUGCUGCUCACCAGCCCCUCAUUAGCCCUGCUCAUUAGCAGCCACUUCACCUGCUUCUCGGGGUCCCUGCUAAGCCAGGUACAGUGGCUGUUAUUGGUGAGAGCUGGGAAAUGAUCUGGAAACACCAAACUGGGCCUCGCACCAUCUGGUGACCCCCCCCCCCAGCCUCCCCACUCCGGAGCCCUAAUGAGCCCAGUUAGCAGAAGCCGGGGCGCUGGCCCGGCCAGAGGAGGAGAGUCAGCGGCCAGCCCUGCUUUGGACAGGGGCACUGAGCACUGUUUAAAAGCUGUCAGCGUCAGGGUCAGGCAGCGGCCUCGGACACAACACUCCAACCGCUUCCUUCUCUCCUGUCUCUCCUCUGAGGCUUGGCUAUGGCUCCCUGGUUGGCUGCCCUGUCCCUGACGGUCCUGCUGGCAUUGUCCAGCCCACCGGCCAGUGAAGCCCUCGUCAACCAGCACCUAUGUGGCUCCCACCUGGUGGAGGCCUUGUACCUGGUGUGUGGGGAGAGGGGCUUCUUCUACACCCCCAAAGCACGCCGGGACGCGGAGCAGCCACUGCUGGGUGAGGCCGGAGGGGAAGAGCUGCCCUUCCCCCCCGAGUACCAGCUGCAGAAACGUGGCAUCGUCGAGCAGUGCUGCAACAGUAUCUGCUCCCUCUACCAGCUGGAGACCUAUUGCAACUAGCGGCGGGCAGGCGGGACCCGUGGUGGGCGCGGUGGGCGCGGCGUGGGCCCGGCGCAGGCGAGAAGGCGCUUUCCGACUACAGAGCUUUGAAACAACUGAAUAAAAUUGAAAGAAAUAC